AUGGCUGUGCCAAUUGCUUUGCUCUCCGUAUACGACAAGGCAAAUCUAGUCGACUUCGCAAGCGGGCUCCAUGCAGCCGGAGUGCGUCUCUUGGGAUCAGGAGGUACCGCGAAGAAAAUCCGGGAGGCUGGAAUUCCCAUAGAAGAUGUUUCGGACAUCACAAAAGCGCCCGAGAUGCUCGGAGGGAGGGUGAAGACCCUGCAUCCGACAGUACACGGUGGCAUCCUUGCAAGAUCCAUCCCCUCCGACGAGCAAGACCUCAAAGCGCAGUCAAUCUCGCCCAUUUCCAUUGUUGUGUGCAAUCUGUACCCUUUCACUUCGACCAUUGCGCGACCAGGAUGCACGCUCACUGAUGCUGUUGAGGAGAUCGACAUCGGCGGAGUGACUCUCCUUCGUGCAGCGGCGAAGAACCACGAGCGUGUUUCCGUGCUCUCAGACCCCUCGGAUUACACCGAGUUCCUCGAUGCUUGGAACAAGGGUGACGGAGAUGUUGGCCAAUCGAUUCGCAGCAAGCUUGCAUUGAAGGCGUUCGAGAUGACGGCGGAGUAUGAUGAUGCUAUCAGCGGUUAUUUCAGGGUGCAGUACGCCUCUGCAGAUUUGCCGCCGAAGAAGCUUGCCGGACCUGUGCAGCGCAUGACACUGAGGUAUGGUGCCAACCCUCACCAGAAGCCUGCUCAGGCGUAUGUUACUGAGGGAGAGUUGCCAUUCAAGGCCCUUUGCGGUUCGCCUGGCUACAUUAAUCUGCUCGAUGCUCUUAAUGCAUAUGCUCUCGUUAAGGAGCUGCAGGAAGCACUCAACCUCCCCGCUGCUGCAUCUUUCAAGCACGUAUCUCCUGCUGGCGCAGCUGUCGGAGUCGCGCUUGACGAGACCGAGAAGAAGGUGUACGGUGUUGAUGACCUCAAGGAACCUCUCACCCCGCUCGCAUGUGCCUAUGCGCGCGCUCGCGGCGCGGAUCGCAUGUCCUCGUUCGGAGACUUCAUCGCGCUCUCCGCACCCUGUGAUCUGGCCACUGCGCGCGUCAUCUCGCGUGAAGUUUCAGACGGAAUCAUAGCUCCAGGUUAUUCCACCGAGGCACUUGACGUUCUCUCAAAGAAGAAGGGGGGCAAGUACUGCGUGCUUCAGAUUGACCCGUCAUACCAGCCGGCAGAAGUCGAGACGAGGCAGGUCUAUGGCGUCCACAUGCAACAAAAGCGCAACGACGCGAAGAUCGACGCGAGUCUCUUCCAGAAUAUCGUCACCAAGAACAAAGCGCUGCCUGCACAAGCACGGACUGAUCUAAUCGUCGCGACUCUCGCGCUCAAGUACACGCAAUCCAACAGCGUCGCGUACGCCUACCGCGGCGCUAUUGUCGGCAUCGGCGCCGGCCAGCAAUCGCGCAUCCACUGCACGCGUCUCGCGGGCACGAAGGCCGAUCUCUGGUGGCUGCGCCACCAUUCCCGUGUGCUCGCCCUACCCUUCAAGAAGGGCGUCAAGCGCGCGGAGAAGGCGAACGCUAUCGACCUCUUCGUCGGCGGUGAGGUCCUCGAGGGCGCGGAGAAGGCGCAGUGGGAGAGCCUCUUCGAGGAGGUGCCGCAGCCGCUCAGCGCGGAGGAGCGUGCGAGCUACGGCAAGCAGCUCGACGGCGUGGCGUGCUCCAGCGACGCGUUCUUCCCCUUCCCCGACAACGUGCACCGUGCUAGGAGGAGUGGGGUGAAGUACUUGGCGGCGCCAAGCGGAAGCGUGAUGGAUGUGGAGUGCAUCAAGGCUGCUGAUGAGCACGAUAUGGUGUUUGCGCACACGUCAAUCAGGCUGUUCCACCACUAG